AUAAUUAUGAUUAUAUUUUGGUAGUGCAAAUAUUUUCAGUAACUUUUUCAGCAUUGCUCUUGACAUCUGUCUCUCUUUGUUCUGUCUAGUUGCUGAGGAAUUUGUUUAUUAUUUUUUCCACAAAAUCUUUUUCUGGAUUUCAAGUAAUCUUUCACCAUCAAAGUUUGCUUAAUAACCGAGUCACAGUAAAGCCCAUUUUACCCACUUUGAAGAAAAGGAAAUCUCACCUAGUGUGUGUAUGUCUGAAACAGUGUCAUACUAAUUCGAUGCACUACCCAUUCCAAUGUUCUGCUUGACUCUUCCACAUUGUUAUUAUAGUUACCUUUUAUAUAGUACUGUAAGACAUAUUUUUUGUACAAAUUAUAUCCUCAGGGAAAAUGUCAUAAAAGAGUAGUUGGACCUAGGAGGAAUUCAGAAGCAUAGCAGAGACAAAUACCCCACUCUAUUUAGAGACAUAUUAUCAGAUACAGUUUAUGGCUAUGGCCCAAGUAAGUGGGAAGCAGUGAUGAUUUGAAGUCUUUAUACAACCUCCACUUCUACUUAUUCCUGUCUCAAUCAAAGCUCAUUCAGGCACCCAUUCUCCUUCAAGUUUAAGAUUCCUAUAAGGCUUGAGUAGUGGCUUUAACUUAGUGCUUCAGAGUCGUAUUUUAAAAGCUUCACUUGCCGUCAACCAUGGGAGUAAUUUGUCAAACGUAGUGAGGUGGUGGUAAAGGUGAAUUGCAGUCCAUGGAAGCAAGCUAAGAUCUUGGGAGCAGUUCUGUACUUUAAAGGACCGCAACAGGAAUCGUAGAUGCCUUCACUAGACUUGUGAGGAAGAAUUCUUCAUGAUGCCAAUAUGUUUUUCUAGUGAGAUAGCUAUCAUCAGUAUAAGUGUUAUUACUCAUCCAUCAUUUCGUCAUGUAACCAACCAUUCUUGUUCUGGAAGCUUUUUGACUGCAUGGUUUUAUCUUAAGCCAAUAAAACUGUAAGAGCAAAAUAUAUUUGAUUUUAUUCAAAGUAGCACCAUCUAGUCUAUCAAGAAAGCACUAUUUGUCCCAGUAUGAAAUUGACAAAUCUUUAGGUUCCUGCUCUAUAGCUCUCUGCAAUCCUGCUGUGCUUGUUAAUUGAGAUCUGUCUAGUGUUAAUAUCUUAAAUUUCUUACACUUUACUCUUAGACCAAUCUUAAGUUCCUAAUUUAGUAGUUGUAAGCUGGGAAAAGUAAAGUACAAAUGGGUCUCAACACGAUGCCUUUGUGUUCAAGGGAGGGAUGAAAUAGAAGAUCCCAGAUGAUAAGAGGGAGUAAUAGGAGAAGGUUCUCAGAACACACAAAAAGUAGUUGGUGGCCUCAAAGUGCCCUACAAAUUGGACUUGCAAUCAGCAAAAAGUGGGUAGCAAAACCAACUAACCCCACCCACUCCAUAAUAUCUCCUCCCCCUCUGCCUUCUCUCACCAAACUCGAGUUACUCCUGUCCCUGAAAUCAUUCAGACUUGCUAACAAAGUCAACACCACCCAAUAUAACAAAUUUGCUUGCACUUCAUUUCUUUCAUGCCAUAACCACCAUUCUCUUUCUCUUUACCUCCUACCUCCCACUUUGCCCAUCUUCUCUGUUCCAUUCAUGAGGCAAUGAGAGACCGAAGGAUGGAGAGGUUUGUCGUCCUUCCGUUCUCCAUGGGCUGCGUUUCUCAAUCGAGCAUCGCAGUUUGCAUAAGCCAACCAAAGAGAGCACAAUCAGAACCACCUCCGCCAAGACCAAGUGGAGAAGGUGAAAGCCAAUCCGAUGGGAAGAUGAAGGGCUCAUCUGUGCUUCUCCCACUUCCUCGCCCUAACGUCUCCGCGGGGUUUCAGAAGCUGAUCAAGAGCUUCAAGAGCUUGUCUCAACUGUUUGAAAUAUACAAAGAGGAUGAUGAGGAGAUGGAGAUUGGAUUCCCAACUGACGUGCAGCAUGUGUCCCAUGUAGGAUGGGAUGGUUUCAACAAUGUCAGCAGCAUGAAGAGCUGGGAUAAAGCUCCAGAAUUCCUCUCUCUGCCAUCCCUCUCAUUGAGGCAGUUUGAGCUGGCCAUGGCAGUCCAGGCUGGUGCCCCUCCACCCCAUGGUCCUCUUGGGGCUUGACCACAGUGAGGUGUAGUUGCCCUGUUCUUUUCUUUGGUUCUUGCUGUUGCUUGCUAUCCUUCGGUGAUGGUCAUGAGAGGUGCAUGUGAAUUGUAUAGAUUGUUUUAAUAUGGGGAUCUUUAGCAUAUCCUAGUCCUUUUUGUGUACAUGUGAGAGCUUGGUUUGUUCACUGAGUGCAAUAAGAAUAAUAUUAAGUCUUGCGACCACAAGUCAUAGCCACUUGGACUAAUGGGGUAUAUUUCAUGCCACCUAGAAGGGGCAGCAUCUUUU